UCGCGCUGGGGUGUCCCAGUGCCGGGACCGCAGCCACUCCCCUCCCGGCGGGCCGGCCGGAGGGCUGCAAAGCCCAGGGACGCCCUCACCACACUCUGCUCGGGCUCUCUCCGCCCGGAAGACACCACGGCCAUCCCCAGCACCAUGGUGAGGAACGUGGAUGACUUUGACUUCUGCCUGCCUUCGCAUGCCCAGGGCGUGCUGGAGGGGCUACAGCGGCUGCGUGCCAACCCCAAACUGGCGGAUGUGACACUGGUGGCGGGCGGGCGGGAGUUCCCCUGCCACCGAGGCGUCCUGGCCCUCUGCAGCCACUACUUCCAUGCCAUGUUCUCUGGUGACUUCGCUGAGAGCAUCGCGGCACGGGUGGAGCUGAAGGAGGUGGACCCCAGUGCACUGGAGAUGCUGCUCGACUUCGCCUAUACAGGGAAGGUCACCAUCAACCAGGGCAACGUGGAGGGGCUGAUGCGGACCUCCAGCCAGCUCCACUCCCCCACUAUCCAGAAGGUUUGCAGCCGCUACCUCCGGCAGCAGAUGGACGCCACCAACUGCCUAGGUAUCUGCGAGUUUGGCGAGAGCCAUGGCUGCCCUGAGGUCUCCUCCAAGGCCUGGUCUUUCUUGCAGGAGAACUUUGAAGCUGUCUCUCGGCAGGAGGAGUUCCUCCAGCUCUCCAAGGAGAGGUUGGCUGUCUACCUCUCCAACGACCAGCUGCAGGUGCAGGAGGAGCAGAGUCUGGCUGAGGCUGUGCUACGCUGGGUACGCCAUGACCCAGGCCCUCGAGCCCAGUUCCUGCCCGAACUGCUGGAGCUGGCCCACCUUAUCUCGCUGCCCAACCAGUACUUGCAGAACCUGCUUGCCACCGAGCCCCUCGUCCGUGACUCAGAUGCCAGCAAGGCCCUUGUUGCCCGAUCCUGUGCCACGGGGCAGAGUGAUGCUGGUGCCCGGAAGAACCCCCUGACCCCACCACAGAAGCUGGAGGAGGUGCUAGUGGUGGUCGGUGGCCGCGUGCUGGAGGAGAGCGAGGAUGAGGACGGAGGGCUGGAGAUGCCAGCCACCCCCAGGAACUUUGCCUUCUACAACCCCAAAAGCAGGCGAUGGAUGGCUCUGCCCGACUUCCCUGAUUACAACAAAUGGGGCUUUUCCCUGGUGGCUCUGAACAACGAUGUGUACGUCACAGGCGGCUCCCGGGGGUCCCAGAAUGACACGUGGUCGACGACCCAGGCUUGGCGCUUCUGCCACAGGGAUGGUGCCUGGAAGCCCAUUGCUUCCAUGCUGAGAGCCCGGACAAACCACACCAGUGCCGUUCUCAAUGGUGAGAUCUACGUCAUUGGGGGGACGACGGUGUAUGCGGUGGAGGUGGAGCGCUAUGACCCCUACAACAAGAGCUGGUGUGCCAUCAGCCCAGCCCUCAAGUAUGUGAGCAAUUUUGCAGCCGCCAGCUGCUUGGGCAAGCUCUACCUGGUGGGCUCCUGUGCCGUCAAGUACAACGCACUCACCCUGCAGUGCUACAACCCUGUCCAAGAUCUGUGGAGUGUGAUCACAUCCCCCUUCAUCCCUAAGUACCUCUCGGCCCCACGCUGUGCCACCUUGCGCGGGCUCAUCUACCUCAUCGGGGACAACACUAAGAAGGUCCACGUGUACAACCCGGAGGCCAACAUCUGGCAGAAGGUGCAGCUCCUGCACACGUUACACGAGAAUGGUGGGAUGGUGCCGCUGGGCGACCGGCUCUUCGUCACCGGCGGCCACUGGAAGGGCAUGGAUGGGGACUACCGGGUGGAGAUGGAGGUGUAUGACUGCGCCAAGGACCUCUGGACACGGGAGGGCUCUCUGCCCUGCCUCUGGCUCUUCCACAGCUCCUCUUCCAUCUUCAUGGACACCUCCAAGUGGACGGAGGCUUUCCAGGGUGACCACCGGUGGUAGGAGAGCCCACAGCAUUGCCUGUCACCCUGCGCAGCCGCUCUCCCCCUCUCGCCUCGCCCCGCUGCCAGUUCAGCUCUGCGGGGGUGGGGGGGAGAUGAAAACUCCUCUGCUAGGCUGGCUGGGGCGUUAAAAACCCCCCCCCCCCGCCCACUGCAGGGAAAAGGCUUUUCCUUAUGAACAUGCUUUGGCUA